AUGCCGGCGACCCUCCCAGCGCCGGACUCCCGCGCCCUCACCCGCAGCACCCCGGCUGCCGCGCCCACGCCCCCCAGUCGCCCAUCCUGCGCCCUCAUCCACCGCCCGCGCAUCAGCGCCGGCGCGCCCCAGCGGCCCCCAAGCGUCGCCCCCCCCAGCACCCCAUCCCUGCGCCCUCACCCACCACUGCCGCACCCGGCCUGCCGCGCCCCAGCCCCCAGCGCCCCCAAGCGCCCGCCCCCAGCGCCCAUCCCUCGCGCCCUCUCAUCCGCCGUCAACCCCGGCCUUGCCGCUUCCCGGGCCCCAGCGACCCCUCCCAGUGCCCGGACCUCCAGCGCCCUCACCCGCCGCACCCCGGCCUGCGCGCCCCGGCCCCCCAGCUCGCCAUCCCCUGGUGCCACUCAUCACGCCGCCGCAUCCGGCCUGGCGCUGGCGCGCCCCCAGCCCCCCAGCGCCCCAUCCCUGCGCCCCUCACCCACGCCCGCCGAUCCUGGCCUGGCGCACGCCCAGCCCCCAGCGCCCCAAGCGUCGCCCCCCAGCCCCCAUCCCUGCGCCCCUCAUGCCACCGCGCCGCACCCCGGCCUGCCCGCGCCCGGCCCCCCUCAGCUCCCAUCCCUGCGCCCCUUAUCCACCGCCCGCCGCAUCCCCGGCCUGGCGCGCCCCAGCCCCCAGCGGCCCCAGCGUCGCCCCCCCAGCCUCCCCAUCCCUGCGCCCUCACCCACCGCCCGCCGCACCUGGCCUGGCGGCCCUGGCCCCCCAGCGCCCAUCCCUGCGCCCUCAUCCACCGCCACUGCACCCCGGCCUGCCGGCGCCCUGGGCCCCAGUGACCUCUCCAGCGCCCGGACUCCAGUCCCCUCCACCCGCCGCACCCCGGCCUGCCGCCGCCCCAGCCCCCAGCUCCCCAUCCCUGCGCCCUCAUCCACCGCCCGCCGCAGUCCGGCCUGCGCGGCCCCGGCCCCCCAGCGCACCCUCCCAGCGCACCUCCCUGCGCCCCUCAUCCACCGCCUGCGGCAUCCCGCGCUGCUGUGCUCCGGUCCCCCAGCGCCCUCACCCGCUGGGACCCCAACGCCCCCUACGGCCUGGACCCCCACGCCCCUCACUGCAGAGCACCCCGGCCCCCAGCGCCCCCCUCCCGCCCCUCAUCACUGCCCACUGCAUUCCCGGCCUGCUGUGCCCUGUUCCCUCAGCGACCCUCCUACCACUGAACCCACUCUGCCGCGAAACUCCCCAGUAUCCCCCCACGCCUGGAUCUCCAGCGCCCCAGUUCCUGCGCCCUAUUCCACCGCCCGCCGGCAUCCCAGCUGCCGCGCCAAGCCCUUAACCCGCCAGUCCCCACAGUGCCCUCAGCCUCCCUGGACCCUCUCAGGCGCGCCACUGCGUGCCGCAAUCCCGGCCUUCAUGCCCGGCCACCUCAGCGCCCUUACGUUGCCCCCACGCCCACUCUACCACUUGAAACUUCCAGCGCCCAAACCACUCCAGUGCCCUCACUGCCGGAGCAUCCCGCCUGCCGCCCAAGCCCAGUGCCCCUCACCGUCUGCCCCAGUGCCCAUCCCUGCACCCCUCAUCCACGCCAGCCACCAUCCCGGCCUCUGUGCCCCGGUCCCAGUGUCCCCACCCCCAUGGGACCCCCCAGCUCACUCCAACCAUCACCCCCCUAACUGCCUUGACCCCCCCUAG